AUGCAUGCGCUAGAACGAUACGACGAUGAAGUAAAACAAAUUGCAUUGGGUAAGUUGCAAAUGGACCUGUCGGAGGGCAACAAGAUCGGGAAGGUGCAGAGAGAGAGGGACAAACCGUGUAGCAGUAACAUGGCGGCCACGCAUGUUCUUCCAGCGGUGCAACUUGUGCCGGACUUCAAACUCCAGUUUGACAAUCACAAGGCCGGAUUGGAGCAGGCUGACGCGGAUAAGACUGCGGCCAUUAUCCAAGAGGCAUCUAAAGGUUCUAGCUAUUACAUCAACGAACGCCGCAAGGCUGAGCUUCGUCAGAAGCAUGUGCUGCAGCUUCGCCAGAAGACUGCGCAAUUUGCGCAAUGCAUGAGUGGAGAAAGGAAUGUAGCACGCAGAAAGCAGUGGGAAAGUAAAGUUAGGCAAAUCGAACGAGAGCUGGAGGCAGAGCGCCAGUUCCGCAAUUAUGUGCACGUAGACAUGGAUAUGUUUUAUGCCGCUGUGGAGAUGAAGAAGAAUCCCGCGCUUUUGGAUCUCCCGGUGGGUGUAGGGAGCCUCGAUAUGCUGUCUACGACCAACUACGUAGCGCGACGAUACGGUGUGCGCUCCGGGAUGCCAGGGUAUAUUGGCAGGAAGCUGUGCCCCUCACUCGUCAUUGUGCCAACCGACUUUGACGCGUACCGUGCGGAGAGCGCCGUGGUGCGGGGAAUUGCGGCCGAGUACGACCCCAACUUCACUAGCGUGGGCCUUGACGAGCUGACGAUGGAGGUGACGGCGUACCUGCGGGCUCACCCUAGCAUGACUGCGGCGGAUGUUGCGUCCGAGUUCCGCGCGCGUGUGUUCGCGGAGACGCAGCUGACUGCCAGUGCAGGGAUUGGCCCGACGGCGACACUGUCAAGAU